AUGCGUGUGGACCAUCAAACCCGACAAGGUGCAAGAUCCCUAGUCAUUUUUGCUGCCCAGCUCCGUCACGAACAAGUUGUCCGAGAGGAACAACGUGCUGCGGCAACGGCUGUUGCCGAAGUGGUUCAAAAUGUUUCAACGGGAACACUUGCUGUGCGCCCUAUGCUGUUGCAUGCAACGGGUGGUGGAUCGCAAUGCAGCGCCCAACGUGGAUACUGCCUGAAAGACGGUGCGACCAAAAGCGGCUCUAAGCCGAGCGAGACAAAGGGGGGCGGCACGCCAUCGAAGUCUCGCACGCAGAAGCCCACCAAAUCGUCGAGCAAACCCACAUUGACAAAACCAACAAAAACGAAACCGACUCUGACAAAGCCAACUUCCAAACCGACUAAGUCUACGAAACCAACGUCUCGGCCUUCGGACGAGCCUACGUUGACUGAGCCUGAGAAAUCGUCGACGAGUCGUGAGCAUUCAACUCGGACUAGACCAACCAAAUCCGACGAAACACCCUCGAAGACUACGGAAGAGCCGACAAAAUCCAACCCUUCGCGUACAUCAUCGGAGAGCAAACAAACUGGGACUAGAACGUUUCCAUCGAUAACAAAGUCGGAUAGUUCAACAGGACAGGGUUCAUCAUUGUCAGUAACAGGAACUGAUGACCGGACUGAAACCCCUACAAGUACUGCCAGUGCUAUCCCUACGCUUAUCUUUAACUGGGCUCGUGACCUUACAGAUGAUCUUGUUGAGAAUAUGUGUCUAGGACUUCGAAAACGUAAUGCACCAGUAAAUGGGGAAAUUCUAACUUAUGCCGGCGCUAGAAGCCAGAACCGUCAGCAGACACAAUGUAAAGGUGGAGAUUGUUGCAAAGGCCAAACAAAGUCGCAUGGCGCAAAUAAAGGAUUCCCACUUUCCUGCGAUGAAUACCCGUUUUCUUCAACGGUUGAAGGUGGUCCACAUGCACAUGUUGGAUGUAUUGUGGCCUUCCAGAAUGGUGCACAGGGUGAUUACCUUAAAGCUUUCUACCGAGAUUAUAAAUUGAAGAAAGGUGAUAAGUAUUAUAUGAAAAUCACAGGUAUUGACUGCGAUGUGGUUCAUGAAGAUGAUAUUCCUAAAUGCAAUCGCUUUGGGAAGCGUGAUAUCCUCGCAGAUUCAAAGGGGAUAUUCUAUCCACCAGAUGCAGCCCGAAACACCGGAAGACUUGUGAUCGCUCUAGGGGAUGUGGAAGCUGGAUCGUCUUCGAAGCCAAUAUCCGAGACAACUUAUCAGCUUUCCUUUCAUUCAGAGGAGGCCAUAUACGGUGCCUCUUUCAUUGCAGAGACAGAGGAUUCUCACCUCGUUGCCUCUUCGUGGAAACACGAAAGGGGCCCUGCGCCCUCCACAGUUUCCCGACCUCCCAGCACUACGACGGUUACGACCAUAGUUGAUGGAACCACUCUCACUACAACUUACUGCCCCGAAACUACUGUUACCAGAAUUCCUACACCGAGUGAGACCGUGAUCACUACUAUUAUUGAAGGAAGCACGGUUACAACAACUGUGUGCCCCGAAACUGAAAUAAACCAGACGGAAGCCGAGACAGCCCAGCCUUCACAGAAACAGACGAGCACACCCAGCGCCCCAGGAGAUCCACCAAAGGACAUCCCUCAUAAUCCUCCUGAAGACCUGCCCGAGCCUCCGCCAGAGCAAUCCCAUACGCAACCGCCUCUAGAAUCCAAUGGGCCAGAAAACCCGCCUGAAACGCCCCCAUCACCUACAGCACCUACAACGCCACCUGUUUCUCCACCAGGCGAUGAGCCAGAGGUUCCUGAAGGACCUGCAACGAGCGCUUCGGUCGAACCGCCCGCAGGCGACCAGUCAACUUCGCCGCCAAUUGCGAUCCAGACAACUAACGCAGGGAGGAUUUUGACACUGAAGAGAUGGCUCAAUGGCGUAGUUUGCGCAUUGGUUCCCUUCUUCGUGAUGUGA